AUGUCUCCUUGCUAUCAGAGACUGAUAUUUAUACUAUUAAUUUGGAAUGCCUGCAGCAACCCUGUGUUUCAACCUUCACUCAUGCUGGACAUGGCCAAAAUCCUGCUGGAUAAUUAUUGCUUUCCAGAGAACCUGGUAGGAAUGCAAGAGACCAUUGAGCAAGCAAUAAAAAGUGGGGAAAUUCUACAUAUCUCAGAUCCGUAUACAUUGGCAAAUGUCUUCACAGCUGGGGUACAGGGGUCAUUAAAUGACCCUCGUCUCAUAGUCUCAUAUGAGCCAGCUGACAAAGUGGUGAAGAAAGAGGAAGAGACAUCCCCAACUCCCGAGCAGCUGCUGUUCCUGGUUGAGCAGUCUGUUAACUAUAAAGUCCUUCCCGGAAACAUUGGCUAUCUACGCGUUGACUGCAUAAUAGGUCAAGAUGAGGUACAAAAAGUCGGCCAUUUUAUGGUCAAAAACAUAUGGAAGAAACUGAUGCCAAGUUCUGCUCUCAUCCUUGAUUUACGGUACAACUCUCAGGGUAAGAUCUCUGGAAUUCCUUUUGUUGUUUCUUACUUAUAUCAAGCUGAACCUGUGGUCCAUAUUGAUACCAUUUACCAUCGCCCCUCUAAUACCACCACUGAACUGCGAACACUGCCUUCACUGAUAGGUGAGAGAUACAGUAAAGAUAAAGAUGUGAUAGUGCUUACAAGCAGGUUCACCCAAGGAGUUGCAGAAGAUGCUGCAUAUAUUCUUAAGCAUAUGAACAGGGCCAUACUUGUUGGAGAGAAAACUGCAGGAGGUUCAUUGGACAUACAGAAGAUAAAGAUCGGCCAGUCAGAUUUCUAUAUCACUGUUCCAGUAUCUAGGUCUAUCAGUCCUUUGACUGCCCAGAGCUGGGAAGUGGCUGGUGUCUUCCCUUGUGUAGUUGUCAAUGCAGAAGAUGCUUUGAGUAAAGCUAUAUCAAUUCUGUCUGUACGUUCUAAAAUUCCUAAUGUGUUACAACAACUCAGUGACAUCUUGGGCAACUUCUAUUCUUUCUCUGACCGUAUACCAACCUUACUCAAGCACCUUUCAACUAUAGACUACGGAUCAGUCCUUUCUGAAGAAGAUCUUGCGGCUAAGUUAAAUUAUGAACUUCAGUCAGUUACUGAGGACCCAAGGCUACUAGUAAGAGGAAAAUCAGACACCCCAUCAAUUCCAGAAGUGAAUCCUUCUACAAAUGAUAUGCCAGCUGAUGAAACUUUUCUCCAGGCUUUGGUUAACACUAUUUUCAAAGUUAACAUCCUUCCUGGAAACAUUGGUUACUUUCGCUUCGAUCAGUUUGCUGAUGUCUCCAUUCUAAACAAGUUAGGACCUUAUAUUGUCACCAAAGUUUGGGAACAAAUCACCACCACAGACAAUAUUAUUAUGGAUUUAAGGUACAACAUUGGUGGUCCAUCUUCAGCUGUCCCUUUACUUCUGUCCUACUUUCAAGAGCCAGAGUCAAGAAUUCGUCUCUUUACUACAUACAAUCGUCUCGCCAAUUCUACCAAAGAAUUCUACAACCUUCCUGAACUUCUAGGAAAACCCUACGGGUCCAAAAGAGGGGUCUAUGUGUUGACAAGUCACAAAACAGCCACAGCAGCAGAGGAAUUUGCUUAUCUGAUGCAGUCAUUAAGCAGGGCAACUAUCAUUGGUGAAAUUACAUCUGGAACUCUUAUGCACUCUCGGUCCUUUAACCUGGAAGGAACCCAAUUAACUGUUACAGUACCAGUAAUCAAUUUUAUAGAUAACAAUGGUGAAUGUUGGCUUGGGGGAGGUGUUGUUCCAGAUGCCAUUGUACUGGCAGAAGAAGCCUUAGACAAAGCUAAUGAAAUAAUUGCAUUUCACCCAGAAGUGUUUGCAUUGGUAAAAGGCACUGGACAACUUUUAGAGGUCCACUAUGCUAUUCCAGAGGUGGCUAUGAAGGUUAGUCAAGCCCUCCAACACAAGUGGUCUGAGGGGAGAUAUCGCUCUGUGGUAGAUCUAGAGUCUUUAGCAUCUCAACUUACCUCUGAUAUUCAGGAGCUCUCUGGAGAUCAUAGACUUCAUGUAUUUUAUAGUGAUAUAGAACCAGAAAUCUUAGAAGAAAAACCUCCAAAAGUCCCCUCUCCUGAAGAACUAAACUACAUUAUUGAUGCAUUAUUCAAAUUUGAAGUGUUACCAGGGAACAUAGGUUAUCUGCGGUUUGACAUGAUGGCUGAUGCAGAUAUUAUUAAAGCUAUUGGCCCUCAACUAGUUAGUCUUGUUUGGAAUAAGCUUGUUAACACAAGCUCCCUUAUUAUUGAUAUGAGGUUCAACACUGGUGGUUACUCCAAUGCUAUCCCCAUUUUCUGUUCCUAUUUUUUUGACCCAGAGCUUUUGCAACACCUGUAUACAAUAUAUGACCGUAGCACAUCAACCGGAACUGAAAUCUGGACACUGCCGGUGGUGGCUGGCCAAAGAUAUGGAUCUACUAAGGACAUUUACAUCCUUACAAGUCACAUGACUGGAUCAGCUGCUGAAACCUUUACAAGAUCAAUGAAGGAUCUGAACAGAGCAACCAUCAUUGGGGAGCCGACUGGUGGAGUAUCCCUAUCUGUCGGUAUGUACAAAGUAGGGGAAAGCCACCUAUAUGUAUCAAUUCCAAAUCAAGUAGUGAUCAGUUCAGUAACUGGUAAAGUGUGGAGUGUAUCAGGAGUUGAACCCCAUGUAAUUAUUCAAGCAAAUGAAGCUAUGAAUAGUGCCCAUCGUAUUAUCAACCUACGCUCCAAAAUACCGUCAGUCAUCCAGACUGCAGGCAAAUUGGUGGCAGAUAACUAUGCAUUUCUAGAAACAGGGGCAGAGGUGGCCUCCAAAUUACUUUCAUUGGUGGACAAAAUGGACUACAAAAUGCUAAAAUCUGAAGUGGAGUUAGCUGAUAAGCUAAACUAUGAUCUUCAGACACUUUCUGGAGAUGUCAAUCUAAAAGCCAUAUACAUACCAGGAAAUUCCAAGGAUCACAUCCCGGGUGUUGUGCCCAUGCAGUUACCAUCUCCUGAUAUGUUUGAGGAUCUCAUAAAAUUUUCCUUUCACACUGAUGUAUUUGAGGAAAACAUUGGAUACUUGAGAUUUGACAUGUUUGCUGAUUGUGAAAUUCUUCACCAAGUAACAGAUCUUUUAGUUGAACAUGUGUGGAAGAAAAUUUCUGAUACAAAUGCCUUAAUCGUUGACAUGAGAUUUAACAUUGGAGGUCCCACCAACUCCAUCCCAGUACUCUGUUCAUAUUUCUUUGAUGAAGGAACCCCUGUUCUUCUAGAUAAAGUCUACAGUCGGGCUUCAAAUGCCAUUUCUGAUGUUUGGAGCCUGUCUCGGGUUUCAGGUGUUCCAUAUGGCUCUACAAAACCGCUCAUCAUCCUGACCAGCUCUAUGACGGAGGGCGCUGCGGAGGAGUUUGUGUACGUACUGAAAAGGCUGGGAAGGGCAUACAUCAUAGGAGAAAAAACAAGUGGAGGCUGCCACCCCCCACAGACCUAUCAUGUAGAUGACACCCACCUCUACCUCAUCAUUCCGACAUCACGGUCAGCCAUGGGUGAACCCACAGAUUCCUGGGAAGGAAAAGGGGUAUUGCCCGACAUGGAGGUCCUCUCUGAAACAGCUCUGCUGCAAGCAAAGCAAAUCUUGACCUCUCAGUUACAAGCCAGUAGAUAA